CCGGUGAAUGUGACAACAGAACAACGCGAUCGAUCAAACACAUGAAACUCUAUCAACCAGAAAUUAAUAAAUAAAGAGAACAGUAGAAGUGAAAUAUGGCAUUACUUUGCAUACAAAACAGAUGACAAAGGUGAACGAACUGACCUUACUGCACCUGUAUGCAAGCGUUUCUAUAAAUCAUGUGUUGCUACAGGAAGCCUUUUUAAGCAUUUGUCGCUUGCUCAUCCUGAUCUUUUCAGAGAAUUACGAGAUCGACAGGCUUCAGGUGUUCAGGCAGAAAUGAAGCUUCCUACUCAAGAUUACUGUACUAUAAGAUGAAUCUGGAUUCUCUAUAGAUACACCACAGAUGUGCUGCACUGAUCUUCGAGCGAGUAAUGAGCGUGUGAAGCCUGACUACAGCGUGCAAACCACCAGAGACAAAGAGAGAGAUAUUCCCUUCUUCUGAAGGUGUUUGAGCUCCGUCUGUGUUACUGAGGCGUGAAGAUGCUGCAGCAGAUACUGACUGACAUGUACAUCGAGCCGGAGCUGCUGGCCGAGCUGAAUGAGGAACAGAAACAGAUUCUGUUCUUUAAGAUGAGAGAAGAACAGAUCCGGAGGUGGAGAGAGAGAGAGACGCAGCUGGGGAAGGAGGAAGCUGCACGCGUUAAAGUCAAAAAAGUUUCAGGAAAGACUGUGUCGUGGAUGAAGGGUCUGGGUGACGAUGUGUGGGUUUGGGUGAUGGGAGAGCAUCCUGAUGACAAACCCUACGAUCAAAUCUGUGACGAGAUCAUGGCCCACAGAGCAGCCCUGCAGGCCCAGAGAGAGGCCGAGAAGCUCAGGGCUAAGAAGGAGGCUGAGCUGGAGAAGCGUUUUUCUGGUCUGCAUCUCGAACCGGAGCAGGUGGUUUUGUCAGAGCUGGAGGCCCAGCAGAAGGAGCAGAGGAGAGCGGAGGAGGAACUCAAGAAACUGGAGUUGGAGGAGAGGCGUAAGGCUGAGGAGGAGCUGAGGAGGCUGGAGCUGGAGAGGAAGCAGCAGAUCUACAUCAGCCUGAAGGAGGUGCAGGGCAGUAAACACACUCGUGAGGAGGAGGACACGGAGUGGCAGAAGACGUUGCAGAAGUCAAAAGCUGCAGACAUGCGCAGACGAUCUCUGGCCAAGCAGACUAUUGAGGACCACCGCAGGCGCUCAGUUAAAGCUCUGGAAAGAGGACGUGUAGCAGCCGUGACAAAGGCCUUCGGCAGCACGAAUCCAGCCCCUCCACCCAAACCCAAACCCAGAAACACCACAAACAACAGCAGUGCUAUCAGCCGGAAGGGUGGCAUGCGGCGCUCAGUGUCAACGUCUAGUCGAGAUCAUAUUAUUCGCUGGUUCAAGGAGGAACAGCUGCCGCUCAGAGCCGGAUUCCAGCACGACCAGAGCCGGAUCGCACCCUGGUUUCACGGUAUAAUAUCCCGUGAACAGGCCGAGGCGCUGCUGGCCGAGGGCGAGCCCGGGUUCUUCCUGGUGCGUGUCAGCGAGAGGAUCUUUGGAUAUGUGCUUUCCUACAGAUCCAGGGAGGGAACCAAGCACCUGCUGAUCGACGCUUCAGAGAACUGCUACAUGCUGCUGGGAGACCAGAUCAGAUUCAGCUCGCUCUGUGAACUGGUGGAGUAUCAUGAGGUGGAGCCGCUGAGCUCGUCUGGAGUGGAGGAGUAUCUGCGGAGCGCGUGUGGACAGAGAGCGGCCACAGCUGAUUACACAGAUCUCUUCACCUGAACACAACAAACACAACCUGUGCCUUCACACCGUCAUCGGCACA